AUGAGCGUGCCGCAGGAGCGGCCUCUUCGGGCUCAAGAGUGGAACGGCGAGGCAAGAGCGAGCCACAGGAGCGGCGGCUUCGGGCUCAGGAGUGGAGCAGCAAGUUGGUGGCACGGUCCCACCUUUGGCGCUGCUGUGGGCUGGCGCCGCAUCCCUGGCGGCCUUGUAGAGGAGGCUGCCGGGGCUCUGCAGACGGCUGUGUUGCCGUGCCGCGCUGCGGCCGGGCUCCGGCCUGUCCCUAAGUGGGGCGCAGGCUGGAGCCUGUGCUCCGUAGUGCUUGUUGGGUGGUGCCGGGCAGCAGGGGGCGGCCCCAGGCGUGGGGCCAGGAGUCAUGGGGCGGGGCGUGUGCCCUCCCUGUCCUCGGGGCUGGGCUCGCGGCCCCUCGGGCCCCUCGGCUUUAGGCCGUCAGCUGGACUGCCUGACUCUAGAGUCUGGUUCCUGUUGCCUUGGGGGAAGGCCGAGCUCUGUGGCUCCCUGGGUGUGGACCGGCCUCUUCAUUUGCCCAGAGGGCCCGGCUCCCAGCACGGCGUGGGACUGCGCCGGACGUCGGGAUGCUGGAGCUCCUCGGGCCUGAUUGUGUCCUCGUCGAAGUUUGCAGAAGCCGUGGGACGGCGAGUUGGUAGGCGUGGGGCCAGGAGUCAUGGGGCGGGGCGUGUGCCCUCCCUGUCCUCGGGGCUGGGCUCGCGGCCCCUCGGGCCCCUCGGCUUUAGGCCGUCAGCUGGACUGCCUGACUCUAGAGUCUGGUUCCUGUUGCCUUGGGGGAAGGCCGAGCUCUGUGGCUCCCUGGGUGUGGACCGGCCUCUUCAUUUGCCCAGAGGGCCCGGCUCCCAGCACGGCGUGGGACUGCGCCGGACGUCGGGAUGCUGGAGCUCCUCGGGCCUGAUUGUGUCCUCGUCGACGUUUGCAGAAGCCGUGGGACGGCAAGAAGCCGUGGGACGACGAGGCAAGAGCGGCAGCGUCUUCGAGCUCAAGUGUGGAUCGGCGAGUUGGUGGCACGGUCCCACCUUUGGCGCUGCUGUGGGCUGGCGCCGCAUCCCUGGCGGCCUUGUAGAGGAGGCUGCCGGGGCUCUGCAGACGGCUGUGUUGCCGUGCCGCGCUGCGGCCGGGCUCCGGCCUGUCCCUAAGUGGGGCGCAGGCUGGAGCCUGUGCUCCGUAGUGCUUGUUGGGUGGUGCCGGGCAGCAGGGGGCGGCCCCAGGCGUGGGGCCAGGAGUCAUGGGGCGGGGCGUGUGCCCUCCCUGUCCUCGGGGCUGGGCUCGCGGCCCCUCGGGCCCCUCGGCUUUAGGCCGUCAGCUGGACUGCCUGACUCUAGAGUCUGGUUCCUGUUGCCUUGGGGGAAGGCCGAGCUCUGUGGCUCCCUGGGUGUGGACCGGCCUCUUCAUUUGCCCAGAGGGCCCGGCUCCCAGCACGGCGUGGGACUGCGCCGGACGUCGGGAUGCUGGAGCUCCUCGGGCCUGAUUGUGUCCUCGUCGACGUUUGCAGAAGCCGUGGGACGGCGAGUUGGUAGGCGUGGGGCCAGGAGUCAUGGGGCGGGGCGUGUGCCCUCCCUGUCCUCGGGGCUGGGCUCGCGGCCCCUCGGGCCCCUCGGCUUUAGGCCGUCAGCUGGACUGCCUGACUCUAGAGUCUGGUUCCUGUUGCCUUGGGGGAAGGCCGAGCUCUGUGGCUCCCUGGGUGUGGACCGGCCUCUUCAUUUGCCCAGAGGGCCCGGCUCCCAGCACGGCGUGGGACUGCGCCGGACGUCGGGAUGCUGGAGCUCCUCGGGCCUGAUUGUGUCCUCGUCGAAGUUUGCAGAAGCCGUGGGACGGCGAGAAGCCGUGGGACGACGAGGCAAGAGCGGCAGCGUCUUCGAGCUCAAGUGUGGAUCGAGGCGUGGGGCCAGGAGUCAUGGGGCGGGGCGUGUGCCCUCCCUGUCCUCGGGGCUGGGCUCGCGGCCCCUCGGGCCCCUCGGCUUUAGGCCGUCAGCUGGACUGCCUGACUCUAGAGUCUGGUUCCUGUUGCCUUGGGGGAAGGCCGAGCUCUGUGGCUCCCUGGGUGUGGACCGGCCUCUUCAUUUGCCCAGAGGGCCCGGCUCCCAGCACGGCGUGGGACUGCGCCGGACGUCGGGAUGCUGGAGCUCCUCGGGCCUGAUUGUGUCCUCGUCGAAGUUUGCAGAAGCCGUGGGACGGCGAGAAGCCGUGGGACGACGAGGCAAGAGCGGCAGCGUCUUCGAGCUCAAGUGUGGAUCGGCGAGUUGGUGUGAGUGA